AAAUCAACAAAAUGUUUGAGGCCUUUUACCAGUGUUAACAGUUUUACAGAUUUUAUUUUUGGGUUAAUAGUGGACAGUAAAUAGAGUUAUAAUAUGACCAAUUCACCAUUGAUUCGGAUUAAUAUAUAUUCUCUUCUUUUCCUAUUGAUACAAAUUGAGCCUCACUUGUGUUUCAUUGGUUUUGCUGGACCAGCAUGUACAGUUACCUCACUGAUUCCUGGUACACCAAGUGCUACAACAUCAUCUAUGAUGGGAACUUGUUAUUCAUCAAUUUCAUGUCGAACCCUCGGUGGUGUUGCUAUCGGAAAAUGUGGUGUCUCUAAUGUUUGCUGUGUUUUUCCACGAACCUGUGAUGCUGUUUCUGCCAUGAACAGUACCUAUUUCACUAACCCAGCAUAUCCAUCGCCUUAUAAUGGGACUACAUCAUGUACUUUAACCGUGAAUAGAGCAGCAUCACUCUUCAAGAUUUGUCAAUUGCGUUUGGAUUUUGUUGAUUUUGAAAUUAAUCGUCCUGUCAUGGGAAAUUGUGAUGUGGAUAGAUUCGUAGUUUCAGGACAGAAUUCAAACUCAUUUGUACCUCCAAUAUGUGGCCGUAACUCUGGGACUCACAUGUACAUGGAUGUUGAUGGUGCUCAAGGUCCAUUCAUUUUCAGAGUCAUCACCAAUGGUCCUGGUUAUAGAAGAUGGAAUAUUCAAAUUACUCAAAUCGAAUGUACAAAUCCUUCCAAAGCUCCGUCCAAUUGCUUACAAUACUACACAGGUCCAUCCGGCGCCUUCUCCAGUUUCAAUUAUGAAACCUCACAAUUUCAAGAUUUUUCAAGUACAAACCCAUCUUCAGGACAAUCUCAAGGAAUUCUUGAUGCAACAUAUCUAAAUGGACUGGAUUAUGCCAUUUGUUUCAGGAAAGAGAAUGGUUUUUGUACCCAAUCGUACAGUGUCAAUAGUACAUUCACACCUUUUGAGAUCGUUAAUAUUGGUCCAAAUAAUUCACCAACAUUUGAUCAAUCUGUUGCUGGAGCUGGACUGAUACGUUGUGCGUAUGAUUACAUUCAAUUGAAUGGAGUAAGAUUUUGUGGAAGUCGACUCAAUCUUUUGGGAAUCAAUCAGAAUGCAAAUCAAGAUGCUCCAGUCGUCGAUACUGGUACAGGACCAUUCAUUGCUCGUUUUGUCAGUGACGCACGGAAUGUUGGUAGAGGUUUCAGGCUGUCGUUUCAACAGAAUCCAUGUGGUCCAAUGAGCAUUCAAAGAGGAGGUUAAUUUGAUAUCUUAACCAUUUCAAUUAAUCACAAAUACAUUUAACAUGUUCUUGUUGAGAUGCUCAAAAUUUUCAAACACGCCAUUUUGAACUGUUUCAAAAUAAAUACUUGUUAUAAUCCUUUUCAAAUUCAUCAAAUAGAUCACAUCAACGGUUGUACUUUCAUCGGGUCCAAGCUUGAAAGCAAAACAUCAUUUGAAACUGAAAGCUGGAUUCAUUCUGGUAUCAUUGAACGACCAUGGUGGGGUUAUUGACCAUUUCAAACCAUAAAAAUGUGAAAUGUUAACAUUGAAACCUUGAUAAAUUGAUUUGGGAUUCAUCAGUAUUCAUUUAAUUAAAAUAUUUAUGACACUAUCGUAUGAAAAACAAAUGUUCCAACGACACAUAUCCAUGUCAUGAUCUGAUCUGAUAACACAAAAAAUGAAGCACGAUAAAUAUUUAACAGUAAUAAUGUAAAAUCUGUUUUUCCUGACAUUGUUUUAUUCAAUCAAUUAAAUGACUUCUGUUUACAUAGUGAUGAGGUAUCACAUUACUGACAAUAUCUUGGAAAAGGAUAAA